CUAUCUAGUGGCUUAAAACAUGUAUGACAAUACGUUGGUCAUGUGACCCAUACCCGGAAGUGAUUCAAUCGGCAUCAAAACAGCGGUAAAACCUCCUAAACGGACAUGGUUCGUUGUUUUAUCAUCCACACCGUGUGUCCGAUAAAUGCCCUUGCUCCAGGGGAGAGCAGGGUGCUCUACUCCCGCGUCUUCGGACCGGACGAGGCAGUCUUUCAUGCCGGACAGCAGCGGCAGCUCACCCCGCAGGAGAGGCGACUUCUCUCCGCCGAGAAGGUCUCCGUGGUGGCGCGGCAGGUCCACAGUGCCGUCUCCAUGUGCCGGGACGCCUCUGGGCGUCCUUUGAUGGAGACGCUUCCCGGCGAGGAGAUGCUGGCUCUACAGGACGCUGACAGCGGCGUGGUCCGGCUCCGGUCUGGAGACCCCUUCUCCGAGGAGACGAGUGCGCUGUGGAUGGCCGUGCAGAGUUUGGGCUUUGUGUUGGUGUGCGAGCCUCACGAGAACCUCCUCCUGGCGGAGGGAACCCUGCGGAACCUGACCAGACAGUGCUUGGAGCACCUGCACAUGCUGGGCCAAGGCAGCGAGGUUUUGCUGAAGAGCAACCGCAUCGACGUUCUCCUCAGCCACCUGCUUCCUCACGGCCAGCUCCUCUUCCUCAAUCACCGCUUUGCUCAGAGUCUGGAGAAGGAUGUGGUGGCCUACAUGAACAAGUGAGCACGGGGGUUAGCGCCACCAUGUUGGACCACUUUCAGACUCCUUGCUAGAUUGCGUGGCAGGCCACAGAGCUGCACGCCCUCAGUGUUGAUUGGCCGGGACUUCUAAUCCACACGCAUUUAUGACUCAAUGUACGUUCUGAGUGACGGAUUAAAGGACGGAGCAACACAGGAGAUGAAAGUGUAACAAUGCAGUUUUCAUAUGUAACUGUCGACCUUGGUCACAGCACUGAAAGAGUAGCUAGAGCAGGUUUGUCGGCCAACAGAUCGUUUUUUUUUUAAUUGGCCCGCUGUGCAUUCUACGAACAAAAUAAAUAGUUCCCAGAUUGGAACAGCACACACGCAAAAAAAGGCCCAAAUUCCCAGAAAAAUGGCACCUGAAAACCAAAAUGGCCGACAACUUUGUUUGUCUUACUGCAGGGGUGUCCAAAGUGCGGCCCGGGGGCCAUUUGCGGCCCGCAGGUAAUUUUUAACGGCCCCACGGCACAUUCUAAUAAUACGAUUAAAAAAAAUCAAAACAUAAAAAGUGGUAUAAAAGAGCAAACAGGUGAAAUGUAACAAGAAAAUGUUACAAUGUUUACUCUAAUAACACAAAGCUGCCAUGCAGGCUGUUUCUUUCUUAAAAAAAUUAUAAUUAAUCAAAAUCAAUGUUAUUAUGAAUUAUUGACUUAUUCAAGGCUCCAUUUACAUCACAUUGAAUAUUCCACUUUGAGAUAGUUUUUUGGGAAAUGUUGCAUAUUUUGUGUUUGCCAUUUAAAAAACAAAGUUUUUAUUUUUUUUUACUUUUUAAAGAAGGGCCUAAAACAAACAAACAAAAAACAUAAACAACAAUAAAAAUGAUAAUUGACGGAUAGAUCUGAAGUUGAUCUUGAGACAAUUGUGUUAAAAGUAAAAAAAAAUGUAUGAUUUUUUUUUUUUUAACUUUACUGAGCAGGACCUUUUUGGAUCCCCAAUCAUUUUAGUGGGACUUUUUUUUUUUGAGUGUCAUUGCUCAAAAAAUAAUAAUUAAUUAAAAUCAAUGUUGUUAUGAGUUAUUGACCUGUUUAAGGCUCCAAUUAUUGUAUCAUCCAAAAUAUUCCACUUAAAAUUUUUAUUGGGUGAAAAUAUUGCAUACUUAGUGUUUGUUCCAUAAGAAAACAGGAUUUUAUUUGACAAAAAGGGCAUACAACUUAAUAUUGACCUUGAAUAAUAAUACUGAAUAAUGUGAAGUGAACUAUAUUUAUAUAGCACUUUUUUCUAGUGACUCAAAGCGCUUUACAUUGUGAAACCCAAUAUCUAAGUUAAAUUUUUAAACCAGUGUAGGUGGCACUGGGAACAGGUGGGUAAAGUGUCGUGCCCAAGGAUGGGGCAGAAGCGGGGAUCGAACCUGAAACCCUCAAGUUGCUGGCACAGCCACUUUACCAAACGAGCUAUACCGUCCCAAUGAUGACACAUGAUAAUGACACAUUUUUUAUAUUUAUUUGAUCAAGCCUAAGUGGAGGCCUAAAUGUAUAUUUUUUUAAACAUAUAUUGUAUUGUUUUUUAAAAUAAAAAAUAUAAAAAUGGCCCCCGCUUGCUUUGAUUUUUCAGUGUGUGGCCCUCAAUGGAAAAAGUUUGGACACCCCUGUCUUACUGUAUAUGGUCUGAUGAUUUCUGUGCGUCCUGUCAUGAUAAACAUGUCUGCACAUUUUUUGCAAAAUAUGCAAAGUUUUCAAGUGUGUUCAAUCAAUCAAUCAAUGUUUAUUUAUAUAGCCCUAAAUCACAGGUCUCAAAGGGCUGUACAAGCCACAACGACAUCCUCGGUACAGAGCCCACAUACGGGCAAGGAAAACUCACCCCAGUGGGACGUCAAUGUGAAUGACUAUGAGAAACCUUGGAGAGGACCGCAUAUGUGGGUAACCCCC